CACGGACAUGGCGAGGUGCAGUUUCUCUCUAAAGGUGGUGGCGAUGAGCGGCGCUGCCAGGCUGCUUGUGCUGUGCUUCCUGACGAGCGCCGAGCAGGGCGUGCUUGCCAAGCCGCAGCAUGCAGCAGCGGAAGGCCUGGUCGCUGUGCGCGACCUCCUGUCCGCGCUCGAGACGAGGCCGUUGCAGAACGUGGCACUCCAGGACCGCACGUUGCGCGUCGGCAUCGGCCCGUUCAGCGGCGACGCCUCUCUCUCCAACGGGACCCUGCUCAGCGUCUCCGGUGUGCGAGCCGUCAACCUGACGCCAGCCGAAGAUUCCGGGCCUUCGGUGAUCCACGCCGACGUGCUCCUCAGCGAGGUGGUCAUCCGCUACGACGCCAACGUUACGUUCAACUCGCGCAGCGAGCUGGCCGAAAUGUACGUCGACGUGGACUCCCUUGUGCUGGUCGUGGAACUGAGCCACGAGGGCAAGGCACAGCUGGAGCUGCAGUCUGUCGAGGCCCGCGACACGGCUGAGAUGCGCGUCAGGUUCAUCGGCCUCCGCGUGUUUCAAGCACACAGUGAUCUGCUCUCGGUGCUUUUCCGUGGUGCGUUUAGCUUCGACAUCGAGGACGAAGUAGUGGCCAUCCUCGAGGAGCUUUUGCGUGAGCUCGUUGACUCCCACAACAUCAACAAACUGUGACGCAGAUACCCUUGCCGAAUAGCAGCUCGGCAGUGAAAACUACUUGGUAGGCAAUGUCGUGUUCCUAUACCACUGUGCUGGUCAUGCGCCCAUCAUUGGGGCGAUUCUCAUUGGUCUAUUUCAUACGAGACGCCUUGUUCUUAAAAGUGGAUAUAUCUGUCCAUAAAGUGUACAUUUCAUUUGCCUUGAAGCUUGUACAAGUGCAGCCAGACUUAGGCAUCAAACAUUUGCUGUGGUUAAAAAGCGUGAUUUAGAGUAUGCGUGUUGCGUGGCGGGAAUAACGCGUAGGCGCAGUCACUUUCGUAUACAGCAGUGACUUACGUUCUUUCGAUGCGUAAACCUUCCCGCUUACAUGCGAUGUAUAUUUCACGCAUGUGCAGCUAUAUAAAUAGACUUGUAAACCUCCUGUUGCAAUAACUACUAAAUAGUUUUUACUCGGCGAUGGUAACCUUAGUUGAAAAAGCAACUAUUGAGCAAGCCUUUUUUUUUUUUUUUUUUUGGUAAACGCAACUUUUUCCUGGGUUUAACGUGUCUUUUUUUUUUUUAGGGUUUAGCGUGUCUAAACAUCUGAUCACGGGCCUCUGUACAUCGGUCUUUUCGUUCUAUUCAGUGAUCUUAAAGCAACGCAGUUUCACAGAGAAAAUGUUUGCGAGAAGGUACUGGCCGAACACAUUGACGUGGCAGUGCGAAUUACGAAAACACUAGACAAGAAGGAACACAGGACAGCGCUGUCCCGUAUUCCUUCCUCCAUUACGUCUUCUGUGCUGCCCCAUCGAAAGUUUGACAAAGGUGACACACUGUAGGUGCUAGUCGUCGCUUGAGUUCCUAGCCUUUGUUGCGUGCUCCCGCCUUCAGUGCUGCUUAUGGAUGGUUUAUUUCGAAGCUUGCGUAUGACGCAGCGAAAACUCAACUUUCAUAUGGAUCAAUUGAAGUGAUAACAGCGUUUAUCAUUGCACGUAAGUUGCAGUGCCGUAAUAGUACGCAGGGCCGACAUUUUGGCUCGACAAAGCGUUUGCGGCAACCUGUUAUGCGUGACAGAAACAUCGCCCUUGAUGUUGCUAUAGGAGUGUCAACGCUGGCUUAAUGUGAUUCUGUAAAACGCAAUUCUAGCAAAUUAAAAAUAAGCGACCUAA